CUAUGCAUGAGUCUGGAAGUUUUGCAGCAUCACGUUCUAGACGUGAGAAGAAGUCUAGAAGAGGCCAGCAAGAAGCACUGGAGCGUCUGAAAAAAGCCAAAGCUGGCGAAAAAGUGAAAUAUGAGGUUGAGGAGUUCACAAGUGUUUAUGAUGAAAUAGAUGAGGAAGAAUACUCCAAAAUGGUCAGAGAACGUCAGGAUGAUGACUGGAUUGUCGAUGAUGAUGGGAUGGGUUAUGUAGAAGAUGGAAGGGAAAUCUUUGAUGAAGAUCUGGAUGAUGAUGCUCUUGGUUCCAGUAAGAAAGGAAAAGGUGGCAAAACGGGUGAUAAAAAGAAUGCAAAAAAAUCUGUGGUGUCAAAACCAAACACAAUUAAGUCCAUGUUUAUAGCCAGCGCUGGGAAGAAGAACACAGAUAAAACUGUGGAUCUGUCAAAGGAUGAUUUACUAGGAGAUAUUCUUCAAGAUCUUAAUGCUGAAACUGUUCAGAUAAGUCCACCACCAAUUAUAAUGCUGAAGAGGAAAAGAUCCACUGGAGUGCCACUGAAUCCUUUCUCUGUGCAGUCCCAAACUCCUAAGGUAAUCACCCCUGUAUCAAAGAAAGCUCCCUCUCAUCUCAGAAAAGAAGCUCUUCCUCCAACUCCAUUUCGUCCUAAACAUCCCAAUUACACAGCAAAAUCUGUCAUGGUCUCUGAAAAUAAGGAUACUGAGUAUGUGCAAAAAGCUACAGAAAAUGGGGGAACAGUGAAGACAAUAGAAGAGGAAGCUAUUGAAGAUAAUGUACAGGCAACAAUGGAUUUUGAUGAGGAGGACUUUGAUGAACCUAUGGAAACAGAGCAUGUGGAAACUGUACCUGAGACAGCUGAAAGCUUGAAGAGAGACAAGGAAAUUGAAAAAAAAGAGACAGAGCAGCUGGAAUCAGAGAAGAAAGAGACAUCUGUCUUAAGUUGUUCUCUCCCAGAUAUCUCAUGUUGGGACAGAAUUGAUGAGGAUGAAUCUGAUCUAGCAGUGACAGAAGUUCAGCUGGACCCCAGUCUCCUUCCACUUGUGAAUGGGGAAAAUGAUGAUCAAGUCUUAAGAUUUUUUUGGCUGGAUGCUUAUGAAGAUCAGUACAGUCAGCCAGGCGUGGUAUUUUUGUUUGGUAAAGUUUGGAUUGAAUCUGCACACACCUAUGUCAGCUGUUGUGUGACAGUGAAAAAUAUUGAGAGAACUAUUUAUCUGCUGCCACGUGAAACAGAAAUAGACCUAUCCACUGGCAAAGAGACAGAGACUCCGGUAACUCUAAUGAGUGUUUUCAAGGAAUUUAAUGACUGCAUUUCACCAAAGUAUAAGAUCAUGAAGUUCAAAUCCAAG